AAUUCCUCCAAAAAGAAGAAGAAGAAGAAGAAGGAUGGACGGGUCAAAUCAAGAGGAAAGUAUCAACUGCAUCUCACACCACAACCAGUUCCUCUCCACUUCAUCACAUCCAGUUCUUUUUUACUUCCGCUAGAUGGGUUUUUCUCUCUUCUGCUUCUUUCAUCUUCUCUUUUGAUGAAAUUUUUGGUCUAUAUGUUUGCUUUUUUCAUUUUAGCUUCUGGGGAUCUUUCCUUUUCUCAAAUUGGGAUUUAUUUGAAGAACUUCUGCAGUGCUUUGUGAAAACUUUGAUCUUUAUAACAACAGUACUGGUGGUUUGUCUUCUGGUGUAUGCUUAUAGGAGCAUCAUUCCUCCUCCUCCAAAGAUUUGUGGGUCGCCAAAUGGUCCUCCCGUUACAUCGCCCAGAAUUAAGCUGAAGGAUGGAAGGCAUUUAUCCUACAGAGAAAGGGGUGUUGCCAGAGGAAAAGCUAAAUAUAAAGUCAUCCUUGUCCAUGGCUUUGACAGCUCCAAAGAUACACAUUUGCCGCUUUCUCAAGAAGUGAUGGAAGAGAUGGGGGUAUACGUUUUGACAUUUGACAGAGCUGGCUAUGGAGAGAGUGAUCCAAACCCAAAUAAGUCAGUGAAGAGUGAGGCAUUUGAUAUCCAAGAACUAGCUGAUCAGCUCCAAUUAGGACAAAAGUUUUAUGUGAUUGGACUUUCCAUCGGGAAUUACUGCAUUUGGGCAUGCCUCAAAUACAUUCCCCACAGGAUAGCCGGUGCAACUUUGGUAGUCCCUGUAAUCAAUUAUUGGUGGCCUUCUUUUCCUCCCAAGCUGGCAAGCGAGGGCUUCAGGAUGCAGCUCAAAAGAGACCAAGUGAAACUUGGUCUAGCACACCAUGUGCCAGGACUGGUUUACUGGUGGAUGACCCAGAAAUUGUUCCCUUAUUGUGCCAUCUUGCAAAGACACCCAAUACUUUUCAACAAGAGAGAUGUUGCAACGGUAAUGGAAAUGUCAAAAGUAACUAAUCCUGAUGAGCAUAAGAUAAGGCAGCAAGGUGUGCAUGAAUCCCUUCACCGGGACCUGAUGGUGCAUUUUGGGACGUGGGACUUUGAUCCAAUGGAGCUGAAAAAUCCAUUUCCUAACAAUGAGGCCUCUGUUUACUUGUGGGAAGGUCAUGAGGACAAGCUGGUGCCAUUUGAACUGCAGCGCUACGUUGCAAAGAAGCUACCUUGGAUCAAGUACCAUGAAGUCCCAGAUGGUGGCCAUCUGAUGAUUCAUGAAAAAGGUUUAUGUGAGGCCAUCUUCAGGGAACUUGUGCUUCGAGAGGAACCCUCCAUUUGACAAUUAGCCCUCCUCAGACCCUGUUCCCCUACCAAUCUGGUGCAUUUCUUUUUUUUGUUUUUUUUGGUAAUAGUCUGGUGUCGUUCUCUCUCUCCAUUAAUUGAAAAAUAAUGUAUUACUUCACCU